CUUCCCGUCCAGCCAUUUUAGGCGUUUGUGUCUUCUCUGGAGAGAGUCGCAGGUUGUCCCCCAGUGUUUGUGUCUCAUCCACUGAUCACAGGAGCCGCUGGAGAACACCAGGGCACCGGGUGACUGAAAAUGGAGUCAGUAACCUUUGAAGAUGUGGCUGUGAACUUCUCCCUAGAGGAGUGGGCUAUGCUGAAUCCAUCCCAGAAGAACCUCUACAAAGAUGUGAUGCAGGAAACCUUGAGGAACCUGGCCUCUGUCGGAAACAGUUUAGAGCACCAUAUCAUUGAAAAUAUAUACCGAACUUCCUGGAGAAAACUAAGUGGUCAAGUGGUGGAGGGACUCUAUGACUUCAAAGAUGACCAUCAGUGUGCAGAAAUCUUUGACUUCACUACACAGAGCAUUGUAAACCAGAACCCCUUUCCAGGAGUACAUAUAUGUGAAAACAGUGGAUGUGCAAGAGUAGUCAUUGGCCAUCUGUCUCUAAGUGUGCUCCUUAAACCCGACACAGAGCAUGAAUCAUAUGAAGAUCAGGAGUAUGGGAAGGAAUUGUACAACAGUGUGGAAUUCGGGGCCACCUCCAGUUCUCUGCCAUCGUUUGAGAACUAUGAAAGUACUUACACUCUAGAGAGACUGUAUAAAAGUGAGAAUUGUGAUGAAGACUAUAGAUUUGGUCAAAAUCUUCAAAAGACUUUGACUGAAGAAAAGCCCUUUGAAUGUAAGCAAUGUGGGAAAGCUUUCAGUUCUUCAAGGUACUUUCGAAGGCAUGAGCGACGUCAUCGGGCAAAGAAAUCCUAUAUAUGUAAGCAAUGUGGGAAAGCUUUUGCUUUUCCCACUUACUUACAAACCCAUGAAAGAAUUCACACUGGGGAGAAGCCCUAUGUGUGCGUGCAGUGUGGGAAAACCUUUGCUCAUUCUCGUUCCCUUAAAACACAUAAAAGAACUCACACUGUUAGGGACCUCUUUGUGUGCAAUUACUGUGGGAAAACCUUACGUCAUUAUAGUUCUCUUCAGAUUCAUACAAGAAUUCACACCGGAGAGAAACCUUAUGUAUGUAAACCAUGUGGCAAAGCCUUCAUUACUUACCGUUCCUUUCGAAUACAUGAAAGAAUUCACACUGGAGAAACACCUUAUGAAUGUAAGCAGUGUGGGAACACCUUCAUGCGUUGGAUUCAGUUACGAAAACAUGAAAUAAUUCACAGUGGUGUGAAACCCUAUGCUUGUAAGCUUUGUGGGAAAAGCUUCACUUGUUCUGGUUCCCUGAGAACACAUGAAAGAAUUCACACUGGGGAGAGGCCUUAUGUGUGUGACCAGUGUGGAUAUAGCUUUACUCGAUUGAACUCACUUUUAAGACAUAAAAUAACCCACACUGGUGAGAAGCCUUAUGUGUGUAAUCAUUGUGGGAAAACUUUUCCUCGUUCUGCUUCUCUUCAAAGACAUAUAAAAAUUCACACUGAGGAGAAACCAUAUGUAUGCAAGCAGUGUGGGGUUGCCUUUGUUACUUCUACUGAACUUCUAGAACAUGAACAAACACACAUUGAUGAAAAACCUUAUGUAUGUGAGCAAUGUGGGAAUGCCUUCGUGCUUUGGAGUCAGUUUCAAAAACAUAAAGCACUUCACAGUGUCCCUGUUUCCUAUAUUUGUAAGCAGUGUGGGAAAAGCUUCACUUCUUCCAGGUCACUGAAAACCCAUGAAAGAAUUCACACUGGCGAGAAGCCCUAUGAGUGUAAGCAGUGUGGGAAAACCUUCCUUUGGUCUUACUCCCUUCAAAGACAUGAAAAAACUCAUGGUGAUGGGAAGCCCCAUGUGUGCAAACAGUGUGGGGAAGCUUUCACAUAUUACAGUCAUCUUCAGGUGCAUGAAAAAAUACACAUUGAUGAUGAACCCUAUAAUUGUAAAUACUGUGGGAAACCCUUCUUCACUUUGAACCAUUUACAUAGACAUGAAUUACUUCACACUACCAUGGAUUCCAGUAUUUUUUAAUAAUGAAUUAGAGAAAAAAAAAUUUGGCCUGGUAGCUUUCAAAGACAUAAGCAAAAUCAUACUGCGGGGGGGGGGGGGGACACCUGGAUUUGUGCUAGCAAUGUGGAAGAACCUUUUGCAUUGUUUCAUUGAAACAAACAUGAAGCGCCACAAUGGAAAGAAACAUUUAAAAAAAAAAAUCAAUGUGCAAAUGGUUUUUGUGUUCAAAGUUCCUUGAAGUACAUGAAAGAGAAACAAACCUAUGACUGCAAGUGAUGUGGUGAAGCCUUCUGCAGUACCAGAUCAUGGAGGAGACAUGAAAAAGCUCACUCUAGAGAAACUUGGACUUGUACAUGUGGUGUUGUAAAAACAAAAACAAAAACCCUUCACUUCUUCCCCAUUGCCCCUGAACACAUGGAAGGAGUCACUAUGGAGAGAAACCCUUCGUAUAUAGGCCAUCUUGGAUAGUCUUCAGUUAUCAUCACAUCCUCUCCCAGAUGUGAGAGAACCUACUGUAGAGAAGCCUUAACAAUAGGAUUUGUGAACUCUUCAUUAUCAUCCUGAUGCACUCACGAGAAGGUACAUGGGGAGAAUUCCUAUCAAUGGAAAACUGAUAUGAACACCAUUUGGUUCAGUUAAAAGAUAAGGAAAGAACCUGAUAUGAAGUGCUGAUUUGCUUGAAAGAAAUAUUCAAGGUUUCAUUUGGCACACAUGGAAACACCAGAUGAAAGCCUUUGCUGUUGAAAAACAUUGAAAGUCUAGAGCAGUAACAAAUUUAGGAAAAGUUUUGAAAUCUUUUCAUAUUUGAUCUGAUAACUGUCAGUAUUAUGAAGGACUGGACAUAUUUUUUUCUUGUAGCAUGCUCCAGGAAAUGCACACUCUGAAGAGAAUGUUAUCAGUAUAGUAUUUUGUACUUACUGGAAAUUUUUCAGGGGCUGAUAGGGAUGGCUUAGCCUUUAAGAGCAUUUGUUGCUCUUCUGAAGGGCCUGCAUUUGGUUUUCAGCAACAGAUCACAGGGCUCACAACUGCAUGUGACUCCAGUUUCAGGAGAUCCAAUUCUUCCCACACACAUGUGACAUAGG